AAUUAAUCCCAAGUAGUAACCAGAUGAGGAUGAAAUAAUCAAGAGCUUCCUCAAACAGCAACUUUAGGUUUACGUCUCUUUCUCUCUCUUACUCAUUUACUUUCUCACUCUAUCGUUUACUCUUCCCAAGAGUUGGCUUUCAGAGUGAGUUUCCUAGUUUCAUCGUCCCUCUUCCCUGCGCCUGCCUUUAUUCUUGAAUUAAUUUUUUCUUCCCCAUUCUUUCUCUCUCUCUCUCUCUCUCUCUCUCUUGAAUUAAUUUUUUCUUCCCCAUUCUUUCUCGCUCUCUCUCUCUCUCUCUUCACUAAUCAUAAUAAUAAUGGAAAGAUCAGAAAGAUCAGUCUGAGGACUACUUUUUGUCUCUGUUUGGCCGCUGGCACUCGAAGCAAAUCUCACUUGAACUAAGCAGAGAGAAGAGUUAUUAAGUUCCAUCUAUUAGCUAGGGACACAUCAUCUAAGCUUCCUUAUCUCUCUCUCUCUCAUUCUCCUCCAUUCUCCACCGUAAUGGCAGAGUUGCAGCCCCAAGAAGGUCCGAUCAAUGGCGGAGGAGCCACAGUGGGAGCUUUGUCCGAGAAUCUGGGUCCCUCUUUGGGCUCCAAGAGGCAACGUCGACCAAGCGUCCGAUUAGGCGACAUCGGCGACCAGCCAGCGACGCUCUCGUACGAUUCGUACGUUCGGCGAACCAAGCAGUGGAAGUUCGCCGCCGACAACAACGAGGCCAAGUAUCGGAACCCCUUUCAGAAGGACAGCAGUGCCAUCCCCAAAGCUUCCAAGAUUCGACCUCUCACCAACUUGGUGAAUGGUGGAGAUUGCCAUGAAACCCUAGAAGGCGAAGAUAGGAACCUUUCAGGUGACGGUAAUUUGGAUUCGCUGGCGAUUGGGAACCGCAAAGGGAAGGAUUCGAAGGUGAGGAGAGGGGGUGGUGGGACAGGGGGAGGAGGGACGAAGAGGGUCAGAUCCAAUUGGGUUUCCAAGGUUGACGAAGGAGGAACAGAAGGAGGCGACAAGUUCAGUGGUGGAGAAGACGGGGAAGAAGGAUACAGGGAUUUCGAUCAGGAGGGUUCGGAGAGCCCUUUGAAAGAACAGAGCCCGAUUCAGUCUUUGGAAAAUAUGCCUAUUGAUUUGCGGCAAACUUCUGAUAGGGGACAUGGGAAUGAAAGGGAGGUGCAUUUUCCCGGGCAGAGGAGACUGCUUUGGUCUAGGGUUUCGGAAAGCAGAGAUCAUGACGCUGUUGAAUUGGAUGGCCCUUCAGAUACUGAUGCUAGGGAUUGGAAGUGCGGCACUAGUGAGGAUAGGAACGGCAUUGGCGAGGGGGGGAUAUGUCGGUCUCUGGAAGAUGGGGUGCGGAUGUGGCUCAAUGGAAUAGGUUUAGGUCGCUAUGCACCAGUUUUUGAGAUACACGAGGUGGAUGAUGAGGUUUUACCUCUCUUGACAUUGGAGGAUCUCAAGGAUAUGGGGAUAAAUGCCGUUGGUUCUAGGCGGAAAAUGUACUGUGCAAUACAGAAGCUCGGAAAGGGCUUCUCUUGAGUCGCACUAUAGAAUGUGGUGGUUUUAAUUGCUGAAAACCUCGGGCAGUGGCAUAUAUGAAUAUACAUGUCUGGGACGGUUUGAGCUCCUUGUUCUCACUUAUUUCCAGAAUUUACUUACUGUUUUGGAGCUAAAGGUUCCUUCUCUUUCUAUAAUCCUUUGUACAUUUUUAUCUGGUAAAAUGAUAGAUGUACUCUUGGCUUUGCUGAAAUAGACCUCUAAAGUGUUAAUGAGCA